UACCAGCUGGAAUGGACCCUUAAAGCAUAAAGCUAUCGAAGAUGACGGACUAUGAUUUCCCCUACCAGUAGGAACAGAGUGUUGUAGAUGCUAGCAGAUGGACAUCUACGUGGAAAGAAUGCUAAAUGAUCUUAAUACCAUGGACCAGUGUGCUGUAAACAAUACACUCUGACACACGUCAAACCAACAUGAGGGACUGGAACACACGGAAUCAAGCAAACGGCUUUGUUAGAUUGGACAUGUGGUUUCAAUUGACCACAUAUAAAAAAGGACCAUCUACCAGCUGUCACAUACAACAUUGUCUGUACCUCGCCCCCCCACACCGGCACAGGAAAAAGCUUUCUGAAGCUUGGAUUGUUGUGUGGAAGGGUCCAUGCAGUUCGUCCCUUCUUCUGGUCUCCUUUUUACACAAAGUAUAGGUGGGUCAUUCAAUAGCAUAGAACUUGUGAUUAAAACACUCUGGUACGCUUUUGAAGCUUUGAAAUAGAGAUCUUCAAUAAAAUGUGCUCAGACGGGACUCACAUCCAAAGCUCAAAUAUAUCAAUUCUGUAUGUUGAGCUUUAAUAGCUUUCACGACGUCCCAUGUAUUGGACAUGUGUCGUUCUUCAGUGUGCGCGCACACGUGGGAGUGAUGCUCCUCCUCCGAGCUUCAUAACCCAGGGUCCCUGGUCCUGUCGCUCUGUGAGACGCUGCUGAGCCCGAGAAAGCCCACAGGGCCUCAGAGAUGACGACAGGCUGUGUGAGGUCCACCCUGGAGCCUGAACAUGGACCCGUGACCCAGGAGGGCAAACGCUAUGAGGCGGGCCUGAUGGACAGAAGGUCUGAGAUGCAGGGCGAUAAAGAGGAAAAUCAGCAGCCAGACCAGAAGAAGAAACCUCGCAGAAAAGACACGCCCAUCCUCCACUGUCCUCCACAUAUUCCAGGAGUGACGCGGCUGACAGCAGAGAAGCAGAUGGUCCACUUGGAGGAUGAGGAGAAAGACCUGAAGGAUUAAAGCUAGUAUUUCCCUUUAAUUCUGUCAAUCAAUGAUGUUUUAUCUCAACUUUCUGGACACAAACAGCCCCCCGGUGCCUCGUGCUCUAUGUUCAAAGUGUUCUGAUGUGACAGUGGGCUUUGAUCCAAACCGUUGCAUUGUAGCUCUGGCUCUAUGUCUCUAAGGUCCUUGUCCUGCUGGAAGAUGUAGCUCCGCCCCGUCUCAAGCUCAUCCACACUGCUUCCUGUUUUUGGCUCCAUCCAUCUGUCCCUCAUUGUAGCUGCUGAAGAGAAGCCUCCCCCCCGCCGCGUGAUGCUACCACCACCCUGUUUCCAAGUUGGGGGGGGUGUGCUCAGGGUGAUGGGUGGUGUCAGCUUUCCUCCACGCAGCGUUUAGUUCAACUUGGUCUGCUCUCAGCAGAGCACCUUCCACAUGUUUGCCUCGUCAGCCGGGAGUCACAGUACUCACUACACGGAUCCAGACCGACCCGGAGUUUAGAUCCAUAACUUGAUGUUUAAAUUGAACAUUAACGCCUUGUCUGUAUCCACAGUGUGCAAGUCUCAUUGUGCAUUAAAACUAAGGAUGUUUAAAUUCAAAGGGACUCUUGAUUGAUUGUACUAGUAAAUAACAUGAAUGGAUCUUAUAACUUAUUGAAUUCUGCUCUGUGAGGUCUUUCAUGUGUUUGCUCAUAUGCUUGAAACAAUGUAAGAGUUCAUCGAUCAAUACAAUAUGAAUCACUAAUGAUGUCAUUGAUCACUGUGUUAUAUACAACAGCCCUGAAUUAAAUGUUUGCCUCAGUCACUUUUGAUGCGUUUCUUCCAUCCAAUAUCCAGUAAUAUAUUAGAUCUACACCUGUCAGUGUGAUGCAGCUUUCUUUUUGUCUCCAGAGAACGCCGUCUUCUUCUUGAGGAAGGUCCACACGUUAGAAGGUGAUACGAGCAGCGUGCUGCAUGAAGAUCAGCUUCCACAUGUCCUCCAGCACACAGAGGAGACCAGGACUCUGUGAAGCAUCUUCUAGUCUGUUGUGUUGGACACUCCUCAGUGCUGAUUACCUGUCCAUGACUAGCCGUUCUCCUGAAGCUUCCCUGGACUGAGGCCGUGAUGGAACUUCUGAGCUCCACCACCGGGGGCUCCCUGAAGACCUUUACUCCUGCUCUGAGCUCUCUCUCGGUUCUUCCUGCAUCAGGAUGCUCAGGUUCUCAUUCAUUGGAACGCCAGUGAUUGGCUGCUGCAGGAACGGCUCCACGCCCCUCGGCUACUGUCGAUACAGCUGUCAAUCAUGUUGGACCCACUCGGGCCAAUGUGUCAAUGCGUGACACGUGAGAGCCCCGCGGGUAGUCAGACUGACUGACACAGGUGGGUGUAGCGGGCUUUUAGUGAAUAAUAAAGUAACUGUUGUUCACAACAACGGGUUCAGUCACGUGGGGGAUUAGUUCACUUCCGGCUUGUAGUUGGCUGAGAACGUCAGCGCCUCUGAACGUGAUGCACUAACAUCUGAAUUCAUUAGAACUGUGACACAAUCAGACACGUUUUG